AUGAAUGGGAAAUUUGUACAAUCCUUAAUAAAUUUGUUCCCUUUUUAACAUUAAGAUAUGAUGAUUAAAUGUGUUUUCAUAAUAGGAUUCGAUAAGUUAAUAAAAAAGGGGUUCUUCACAAAUGGGAAGCCUAACAUAAAUGAAAUAAUUGAUUAUGCAAGUAAAAUAGAAAUUUAAAUUAAGGCAAAUUGUAAUAGCAUGGAAGAUUGUAAUUAGUUUAGGAACCUUGUGAUAUUAGACAUGAAUUGGAUUAAUUGAAAGAUGAAAUAAGUAAAUUAACGCAAUAGAUCCAUUAUAAUAAUUCAAUAAUGUAAUGAUUAAUGAUGUAAAAUUUAAGACAACGGCAAACAUAAAGAAGUCAUGAUAGACUAGUAUAGAAUUUAUCUCCUGUAUACGAUGACAGAAAGAGAUCUGCUUCUCUUGGAUUCAAACAAUAAUAAUAAUUGAUACAGAAGAAAUCUAAGGAGAUUACACCAAAGAUUACGGAAAUAAAACCUUAAACAAUUAAUUAAAUACAUAUAACAAUCUCUAAACACCAUUUGGAUGAUACAGAGAUUAAGUCUGUUAUGAGAGACAAUUAAAUAAAAGAUAAACCUCCAAAACCUAUAAAAACAAUGUAAGAUAAUCAUUAGAAAAAGAGUCACUUUGUUGAUCAUUAAAAUACAGAAACUGAAGAGCCUCCAGUAUUUGAUGAUACAGAUAGAUAUCCAGUUAGGGAUCAUUAUAUUCCACAAAUCUUAUAAUAUUCAUAACUUUAACAGAGUUAAAUAUCAUAGUAAUAAUAAUAUGCUUAAUAACAAUAUUAAUAAUAAUAAUAGUAAUAGUAAUAAUAAUAAUAAUAAUAAUAGUAUUAUUAAUAGUAAUAUUAAUAGUUAUAAUAAUCAUAAAUAUCUUCAUAGUCAAACACAAAAUAAAGUGAUCAUAAUUCCCAUAAUACGCAUAAUACAAAUUAAACAUUUGCUUAACCAUAAUCAAGUUAAAAAUAAGUAUCUUAAAAUAAAAAACAAUCUCAUGCUCAAUAGAAAUCACCAAAUAGAUCUCCUAAAUUCAAAUUUUCAUAAAAAUAAUAGUCUAAGAAGAAUUUAGAAACUGUUUAAGAGGAAAGCUCAUAAUCUCAUGUGAAAUAGCACAGUAGUCAUUCUGCUUCUUCAAAAGGAAGAGCAUCACAUAGAUAGACUAAAACAUAGCAAAAUACUUAGGCAGUAUCAAAAAUCAAAGCAUUACUUGAUUAGGAUAAGAAAUUGCAUAAAUAACAUUUGUUAGAAAUUGCAAGUGAAAGAAAUUCAUUCAAAAAUUCAUCAGAUAAGUUAAAAUAGAUGCAUGAAGAGCAUCUUGCUGAAAGUAAUCAUUCAUAAAUGAAUAAGAUAUCUACUUAAGAAAUUAAUGAAUCUACUCAUAAAAGAACUUUAUCUAAUAAUAGUUUUUAUAAAUAAUAGUAAUAACCAAUGUCACCAUAAUUAGAUUAUGAACCAAAAGUAAUAGGAUCACCAUAGUAUAAUUAAUUUUAAGGUUCCCUUUCUAUGACAAAUUCAAAUAAAGGAAAUCAAUUUUUAGGAAAUCCUUAAUUAUAAGAUAAUAUAUUGAUUUACAGCAAAUACAAAUAAUAGAUUUUAGAUCAAUAUUCACCAAAAUUAAAUUAUUAGUACAGACCUUCAAGUGUUGGGAAACAGUAGGAAAGUGAGUUUAAGAGAUCAGAAGAUUUCAACAGAAGUUCUGUAAGUAGUAAUUUUUCAAUGUUUAAUCCAAACGAAGAAUUGAAAACAUUCUUUUAAAAUGAUUUUUUAGAAAGAAAAAGAUUUAAUCAAUAUGGGUAUAGUGAUAUGAUGAAAUAAGUAAGAUAUAUAUAUAUGUAUAAAUGUAGUCUUCUUUAAACUCAUCUCAAGAACAGAAUUAACAUCAGAGUAAAUACAUAAAUGUGAGUUAGAUUGAGGAUCAAUAAAAUUAUAGUAAAAAUUUAUAUAGUCCACAAUAAUAUUAAAAUGUUGAUAAAUCUAAUGUGUUUAAUAAUAAUAGAUUGAGCGUAACAAGAAUACUAAAUAAUUCAUAAAUAUGA